AUGGCUACAAAUGACAAUGUCGAAGACGAACAAGGGCUGUUGCAUACAGGAAAUGUGCGACGCAUGCAUGAUCUUGAGUUGACUCGAAUGAAUGAGACUAACGAACAGGUGGUUAGACAUAAACAAAUGGCUAAGUUUGAAGAGGUGAAACGUGAAGUUGAGAAUUUGAAAGAGGAAGAACAAAAGCGUGUGCGUGAAUGUGAAGACGAAAUUCGAGAGAUGAAUCGAGAAAUUGACACUGCUGAACAAGAACUCGAACAACUCAAAGCACAAUUAGAACAACUUCGGACAGAACAAGAAACAAAUGACAGAAAUCUCAAAGAAGCAAUUGAUCAAUUGAUCAAACUGACAGAAGAAGUGAAGCGUGCUCAAGAAGAAUUACAGAAACUUCGUCAACAACAACAUCAACUCACUGUUGAACGUGAUAAAUGGCAAGCGACACUCACUGAACAACAACAACUACUCAAAGAAGAACAAAAACGAUUGGCUGAUCUUGCAGAACAAAUGACUGUAUUAGAAAACGAGAAACGUCUACUCGAACAACGCAAAGAUGAACUUGUCGAUGCACUGAAAAGAGCGGAGACCGAUCGAAAUCUUGUCGAAAAAGAAUUAGCGAAGAUUGAUGCUGAACGAAGGGAACUGGAACAAGAAAUGAAAAGAUUGACACAAGAAAUCACUGCACUUGAACGAAUCGUUCAACAACUGACGGAACAAAUACAUCAAACUCAAGAGGAAAUAGUUCAAUGUGAACAAGAAUUGAAUGAACAAAAUGCACGUCUCCAAGAACUGGAAGAGACCAAGCAGCAACUGGAGAGUGAAAUCCAGCGACUGGAAGAAUCAAUUCGACAUAUCGAAGACAUGAUCAGGGAAGUAGAUAACAAAGAACGCGAAGUGAACGCACAAAUCGACCAAAAGAAUCAAGAAAAACAAAUGGUUGAAAGUGAACAACAAGCAGCUGAAGCUGAAGUUCAACAGUUGCAAGCUGCUGUCGAAGCACUUAAUAGUGAAUUAGAAAUGUUGAAAAAUAAUCUUGCUCAACUGAACAAUGAAGUCAACCAGUUGGAAGAACAAGUACGAGCAGCUGAGACUGAACUCAAUCAAGCACAAGAAAUGGUGCAACGAACAGAGACGGAAAUGGGACGUGCACGAGCCUAUAUCUCCAAUCUGACCGAGCAACUUCAAGCAAAGCAAGCUGAAUUAGCGCAAGAUGAACAACAGAAAGUGCAACUUGAAGCGACACUCGCUCAGAAACAACAAGACCUUCAACGAGCCAUUGAGACAGUCAGCCGACUCGAACAAGCCGUCUCUGAAGCUACAAACAAACUUGAUGCAGCGACGGAUCAGUUUCAUCAGGACACAGAAACGUUGCAUCAAGAACAAGAACGUGAACUGGAAAUGCAAGCAGAAGUUGAAGACCAAGAGUCAACCGUUAACAGAGCACAAAACGAGGCAAAUGCCUGUGAUCAAAAAGAGAGCGAAGCCAAACGAGAAUUAGAUACGACGAUGCGUGAGGAAAAACAGGCGCAAACCGAUUUGGACGAAGUGAAAAGAAAGUUGCGAACUGCUGAGAUUGCACUUAAUGCUGCUGAAGCGGCUUUAACGUUUGGAUCGUUUAUCCCUAUUAUUGGUGUAGCUUGCCGAGCUGGAGCGGCUGCUAUGGUUGCAGCCCGUGCGGCGACUACUGCAGCUUUACAGGGAGAAGUGACCAAAGCAGAAAUAAAACUGACUCAAGCGACCACGAAACGUGAACAAGCUUUCUCUUCGCAUCAGUCUGCAGUCGACGAUAAGCGUCAGGCACAUGCAAAUCUCAAAGAAGAGAAACGAACACUCAUGACGAAGAAGAAUGAAUGGAAACGUCAGAUCGGAGUAAAAAAUGCAGCACAACGACAACUGGAUCGGCAAAAAGCAAUUAUGGAAAAAGCUACCGCGGAUCAUGUCCAAGUUGAACAUCAAUUAGCUGAAGCCAAAGAACAACAUACAACAAAGACAAAUGAAGCUCACGAUGCUGAAGCUCAAGUUCAAAAACAGACUGAACACGUAGCACAACUGACAAGAGAAGCAUCAGAAUUAGAGAAAAAUCAGGCACAAGCUCAACAAACACUUACUACCACAGAGAACACUUUGAGAGAUGCUCAAGCCAAACAUCAGACAGCAGAAG